AUGAGACUCGUAAAAACGGAGCGUACGCUCGACAUUCCGGAAGGCGUCACGGUGAAGAUGAGCGGCCGCAAAAUCACCGUCUCGGGGCCGAGAGGCGAACUGAAGAGAGAUUUCAACCACGUCGCGAAGAUUGAUUUACACCACGACAAGGAAAACAACAUGAUUGUCGCGGCGAUGUAUUUUCCGACGAGUAAAAUCACCUCGGCGUUGCGAUCGACGUGCUCGAACAUCAGCAACUUGUUCGACGGCGUUUUGUACGGGUUCGAGUACAAGAUGAGAGCGGUGUACGCGCACUUUCCGAUUAACAUCAACAUCGACGAAAAGAAGGGCGACACGGUGGAAAUUCGUAACUUUUUGGGCGAGAAGAGACCGAGGAAAUGUAAGAUGUUGCCGGGCGUGAAAGCGGAACGAUCGAGCGACGUGAAGGAUCAAAUCGUCUUAACCGGGAACGACAUCGACAACGUUUCCAAGAGCUGCGCGUUGAUCCACGAUUCGUGCUUGGUGAAGAAGAAGGACAUUCGUAAAUUUUUAGAUGGCAUGUACGUCUCCGAGAAGAGAGUCAUGAAGCCGGAUGAAUAA